CUCUCUUCUUCUCACUCAGAAAUCAGAAUACAGAAAAUAGGAAGCAAAUCAUAACUCAACAUUUAGCUAUAGAUCUCUCUUCUCUUUCUUUCCCGUUUCUCCAAAUCCUUCUUCAAACACUUUCCCUCAUUCAAUCUUUCGCAGUGUUUUCUGUCGAUCGAUCUUUCUCCCAUUCUUUUCCGCCUCUACUCUUUCUCAUGUAGUGGCUCUUUUCAAUCAGUUACCGCCAUAGUUUUCGUUUUUCUUUUUUUCCAUUUUUUCUUAAAGUAAUGGCCUCUUUUCGACGGACUCUGUCGCCGGCGUAUCCCGAUCGCCAGUACCUUAACGGUUCGUUUUCAGUCUCCUCCCCGUCGCACAAGCUUCCGUCCUCAAACGCAAAGUACUCCUCGCCGCUGCCGGAGCUUGUGGCGGCGUUCCUUCGCCUCGCCGGCGGGGUGUUCACGCGCCGGCACGGUCGGAAGGGGCAGUGGAGGCGCGUGGUGGUCAGGUGCGUGCUGUGCUUCUUCGUUGGGUUCUUGCUAGGCAUGUUCCCGUUCGGCCACGUGUCGGAGGACGUUCGCUCGCACGAAAUCUCGUUUGAGAUGAAGCCGCCGCCGCUGCCGCGCGCCGCGAACAACGCGCAGCAGCUGCUCCUCGAAGAUCGCGUGCUUCGGAAUCGCGUGGAGAGGGAGGGUUUGGUGAUCGAUCCGGUGAGUUUAAGCGCGGAGUGGGAGAGGCGGAGUGAGAGGUUCGAUUUCACGCCGAGGAAGCCGCUGAUUGUGGUGACGCCGACAUACGACCGCGCGUUUCAGGCGUAUUUCCUGAACCGGCUGGGGCAGGUGCUGCGGCUGGUGCCGCCGCCGGUGGUGUGGAUUGUAGUGGAGAUGAAGGCGGCGUCGAUGGAGACAGCGGAGGUACUGAGGAAGACGGGCGUGAUGUACAGGCAUUUGGUGUGCAAUAGGAAUUCGACGGAUGUGAAGGACAGAGGGGUUCACCAGAGGAACACGGCGUUGGAACACAUUGAGCGUCAUAGGCUUGAUGGAAUUGUUUACUUUGCGGAUGAUGAUAAUGUGUAUUCUCUCGAGUUGUUUGACGCCUUGAGAGAUAUCAGCCGCUUUGGCACUUGGCCUGUUGCCAUGCUUGCGCCAAGCAAAAACAAGGCCAUUUUGGAGGGUCCUGUAUGCAAUGCAAGCCAAGUGAUUGGAUGGCAUACAAAUGAGAAAAGUAAAAGACUUCGUAGAUUCCAUGUUGAUAUGUCUGGAUUUGCAUUCAACAGCACAAUCUUGUGGGAUCCAAAACGAUGGCGACGCCCUUCUUCAAAUCCCGUACGACAGUUAGACACAGUGAAGGAGGGUUUUCAAGAGACCACCUUUAUAGAACAAUUGGUGGAAGAUGAAAGUCAAAUGGAAGGUUCACCUCCUGGUUGUUCAAAAAUAUUGAAUUGGCAUCUCCAUUUGGCUGCUAAUAAUAUAGUUUACCCAAAAGGUUGGGUGCUUCAGAAAAACCUAGAUGCUGUCAUACCUGUCAAGUAAUCCUCCACCAAUUUUAUUGUGUGUGAUAGUUUGCCCAUAUUUGGUAUUGAUUCAUCACUGAAUAGAUGGAUGCAUGAGUUAGCCACCAUUGGCACUAAUGCAUUGUGUUGGCGGACAAGACAGGAACAGGUUAUUGAUUUUGUUCCCAAAGUCUCUUGCACAAAAAUAUUUGCAAGGGAAAAUUUUUGCUGUUGUAUAGUAUGCUGCCUUAUUUCUUUGAGAGAAAUAGAUCCUCCUAGAAGAACAAAAAACCGUUUUAAUCAACUUGUUUGAUUUUCAACAUUAUAUACAGUUAUGUAUAGGUGGAUGUUUCAUCUGGGGGCUAAUUUGAUGUUAAGCAAUAUUGUUUCUGAUUUAGGCCAUACAUCAAAAUUUUCUGAGUGUAAUUUCUCAAAUGUACUCCACUGUUAAUAUUUCUUUUUAUUCUUUCAAUUGAUGGUACUCUUCCCAGUACUUAGUUUU